CUAUACUCUCUCUCUCUCUCCCCUUAUGUGCUCUGUAUAUUCCAACAAGAAAGAAUCCUGAUUGAUUAACAAUUUUCCCAUCAUCAAACACGCAAAAUCUCCCUCAAAACUUGAUACAUUUCUCUUCCCGAAAACCCCGCAAAAAAUUUCCCAAUUUUUUCAUUCAAAUCUGACCUCAAAUUUCGAAUUAUUUAUCCCAUCAAAACCCUUGCUUCAUCUGUUUCAAAGUUCAAACUAACCACUUCUUGCUUUUUAUGGCUCUGCUCAAAUUCAGUGUUGUAUGAGCUUCUUGCUCAAUGGGUUGGAUUAGAAAAGGGUAUUGGAUGCAGCUUAGCAAAAUCUUGGGUUUACUUUAGAUCACUGUAUUGGACUUCUAAAGAUUUCGAUAAAGAUCUAUAAUUGUCGGAAAUUAAGAGGAAUGCUGGAGCCGGAGCUAUAUUCUUCUCGGGUUUUCUCCCCUUUUCGUGAAGAAAGUGGGGACGAAGAGCUUUCUGUUCUUCCUAGGCAUACCAAAGUUAUUGUGACCGGAAACAACCGAACAAAAUCUGUUUUGGUGGGUCUUCAAGGCGUCGUGAAGAAGGCUGUCGGCCUCGGUGGCUGGCAUUGGCUGGUUCUGAAAAACGGAGUUGAAGUGAAGCUGCAAAGGAAUGCUUUGAGUGUUCUUGAACCCCCGACUGGUCAUGAAGAAGACGAUGAGUACGAAUUCGAUAUUUCAAGCAGCGGCUCCGAUGUUAACGAGUUUCCCACUGCUACAGAGUUUAGCAAACUGAACAAGCCGAGAGUUCGUUACACGAGACCGUGGGGUCCGUCUCCAUCGAUGAAAUCUGCUAAUCGUAACAAUUGCAGAGAAAUCUGUUAUCCCAAAGUGAACUUUUCGAAGCUGGGAACGAACACGCUGUGGCGAUAUUACAGUACUUUUAAUCUCGGGAACAUUCACGCUAAUCCGACAAAGGAACAGCUGGUUAACGCGGUUCACAAACAUUUUGCUUCCCAGAAAGUGAGCGAAAUGGAAGCGAUAAUGGAGUUCAUCAAUGCAGCCAAGAGGCGGAAAUCCGGAAGAAGCAACAGGGAUCGAAGUUGAUAAUGUGUGUGUGUGUGCGCGUGCGUGUUGUUUGUGUAUACGUACUAUUAUCCUAACCGAUUAGCGCAACUCUUAAUUGUAGACGACUUAACUGGAGAUAGAGAAAGCUCGUUUCUUGGCUUUACGAACUCUCCUUGAUGUUUAACCCUGUAAUAUCGACCCAUGUUCUAGUUUCCGUUUAUAUCUAA